AUGGUGGUUUAUUCUGCUUCUGUUGUGAGCAAAAAGAGAAUUCUGUUAUCCCGACAAUUUGUAGAGAUGACUAGAGGAGAUGUAGAGAACUACUUGAACACUUUUAUGAAGAGAAUUGAGCAUUAUAAUCUUAGUAAUGAGUACACUUAUAUGGAGAAUGGGGAUAUUCGUUAUGUUUAUCAGAUUUUAGAUGAUAUUUAUAUGGUUUUAAUGACUCCACUGAGCUCGAAUAUUAUAGAAGACUUGGAUACUCUACGCUUAUUUUGCCAAGUUUUAUAUGAUAGUUGUAACUGUCCUCCACCACUGACAGAGGAAUUGAUUACUUCUAAUUGUUUUGAUAUAAUAUUUGCUUUUGAUGAAGUUAUUUCUUUUGGUUAUAAGGAAUCUGUAACUUUGAGCCAGAUUAAAACUUAUCUAGAAAUGGAAUCACAAGAAGAGAAGUUGCAUAAAAUUAUUCGUCAAAAUAAGGAAAAUGAAGAAAAGGAGAGAAGAAAACAAAUUGCUAGUAAAUUAGACAAGGAACGUAGUUAUGAUAUUUCAUUAGCAACAUCAACAAACAAUAAUUUAGUACGAUCAUCCUUAUCAGGUAUUGCGGCUUUUGCAGAAUCAGUAGGAGUUAGCAAAUUAGUGCAAUCAGUCGGUAUAAAUCCAAAUAAGAUAGGUUUUGGAAGUAAUAUGAAUAGUAUAGAUAAUAUGAAUGUAUUAUCCAAUAUUCCUAUCUCUACUAGUAUUACCUCAAGUACUACAAAUACAUUAUGUACAAAUUCUAAAGUAGGGAUGAAUGCACCUUCAAAAGGAAUGUUUAUCGGCAAGAAAAAACCAACAAUGGAAUUAAUACAAGAGAAGGAUGAUAAGAAAGUAAUAGAAGAGAAACAAUACGAUUUAACAUCAUCACUUCCUUUAUCAAUAUCAGAAAAUAUCAUUGAUGAUGAUAAUGCUUUGAUUGAAGAACGUUGUGAAGCUAUCUUAGCGAUUGAUGGGAGUUUAUUAUCAAAAGUAGAUAUUCAAGGGACAUUCCAAAUUAAGUUAGAAAAGGGAGAAUUUCCAGAAUAUACUUUUCAUGAAGAAGAUGAACGCUUUCAAUAUAAAGUUCAUCCUAAUUUAAGCAAAGAAAAAUAUCAAAGAGAUGGACUUUUAACAUUAAGAAAAGAUUUAAAGAGUGCCCUACCUAAGAAUAUUUUAAUCCCGCUUGUUAAGUGGCGUUCUUCAGGUAAUAAUACUGUUGGCACGUUUGAACUACCCAUUACAAUAUCCUGUUGGCCAGUGGAGACUGGAGAUGGGUUUACUAAUGUUACUCUGGAGAUAGAGAGUAAUAGAUUAACAGAAAAUAUUGCUAUUAUUAUACCAAUAUCGUCUAUAAUAAGUUAUAACAUAAGUAAUGGGAUUUUUGACUCAUCCCAAACUAAUUCCAAAAAUUCAGUUAUCUGGAAUAUAGAGAGUCUAUCUCCCGGUAAUAAUGCUAUACUUGAAUUUAUUACUGAGCAAAGACAAUUUGUUCCCAUAAAAAUCAACGCUUUUAUACCUACCUAUAGCUAUUGUAAUUUAAGUCUAGUUAGAGAUCAUAUGAAAGUACGACCUUAUAGAAAGACCUUACUGAAUUUGACUCUUAAUCAAUAA